CAACGCCUCGCUAGGAGAGAGCAGCCAAAAUGCAUACCUCGUGCUGGAACACGUGCAGCUCGUGCUGCUUCUGCUUUAUGUAGGCAUUGAUGUCGGCCUCGAGGCGCUGCUUCUUCUCGUCAAUGCUGCGGGCGAGGCUUUCUAGUUGGACCGUGGAGCUGCCUGGAACCUCGGCCAGGCGCGGGUCGACGUGCAGCAUCUGCUGCGCGGGUACCUAGGGAUAGGCGGAUGACGGGAUCACGGGACGGGUGCGCGGCGAAUCGCACGGGACGUGUUGUGUAUGCAGCGGCAGGCAGGGCUCGCCGUCGGCCUGGGAUGCAAUGUUCUGCGCGCGUGUCAGUUGCCGUUGGCGGCGACUUGGGCAGGCAGCCGCCUCAGCGCUGUCGAGCUGGUACCGAGGAGGACGCAUUCGGAAGGGUGGUGGUGAAUGGGCGGUCACCGGACUCGGCUGCGUGGUCGUACCUGGUACUUCUGACUAUGCUGCGCGCUGAGGGCCACAGGAUGCGCCGGGGAGCCCUCACGUGGGGCGAACUGGGCGGCUGGCGGGGCGAGGCCGUGGCGCAAUUGCGGGCUCGAGGCGUCGGUCCAGCGCAGCUUCAACGCUCCCAACAGGGCAGGACAACGGCAGACGAUGGCGGAUCGAGGGGCUCAGGUGCGCACGAGAGGUCUUGUUUUGUCGAACCACCCUAGCACCGGUCAAAGCCGGCGCUCGAUGCACCGCGGCCUCGCCUUGCUGCACGCUGCGCCGUAGUGGGGGACCAGCGCUGACUAAGGUGGGGCGUUGGAGAAGACGCAGUUGCUUGCAGUGUCCUGGACGCGCUUUCGCCAUGGAAACCGACGACGGCCGGGAGCAACGG